AUGAAGGUCACUGCUGUUGGACCCCAAAUGCGUGCGUUUAACAUACGCAUACGUCAGUUCUCCGCUCAAACGCAGUUUACUCGUCCAUCUGUAGUAUUUGUCAAGGAAGCCGCUGUACGUCAGAACUCCCUUCUUGGACCUGCCGACAAGCAGUUCCCUCUGCCAGUACGUCAAAACUCCCUUCUUGGACCUGCCGACAAGCAGUUCCCUCUGCCAGGUGAUGUUUGCCAUAAAGUUCUGCUUCAAGACCAGCCAGUUGCCCAGGUAUGA